AUGGCAUCAUUAGCAUGUGCUGAUCUAUUUGUUGGUUUAAUUGUAAUGCCAUUUGCUAUUAUUCAAGUCAUCUAUGGUGAAUAUUGGCCAUUCGGAAAAACAUUUUGUGAUAUUUGGCAUUCAAUAGAUGUAUGUGCAAGUACUGCAUCAAUACUUGAUUUAUGUGUUAUUGCUUUGGAUCGAUAUUCAGCAAUAACAAAUCCAAUUUCCUAUCAUCGAGCAUUUUUUGUUAAACGUUGGCCUUAUCUUAUUGCUACUGUUUGGUUAUGUUCAGGUUUUAUCUCAUUUCCUGCUAUUGCCUAUUGGCGUUUAGUUGUUCGUCAGUAUGAAAUUGAACGUUGUCUAUUUCCUGAUGAUAUUUAUUAUAUAUUAGUUUCAUCAUUAAUAUCGUUUUAUAUACCUUUAUUUGUCAUGAUAUUUGUUUAUAUAAGAAUUUAUCGUGCUGCUAUUAGACAAUUACAUGCAUUUAAAACAGGUGUUAAAAUCACAACAGAAAAAACUAGAACUUCAAAAAAAAGGACAAAUAUUGAAAAUUCAGCAACAUUAAAUAUUUCAUCUGAUGUAUGUUUGCGUAUACAUCGUGGUAAAUAUCAUGGUAUAUUAAUUGAUAGAGAAUCAUCAUUUACAGAUAAUUCAGUAUCACAUUAUUCAAUAACAAAUGAUAAUCAUCAAAUAACAAUCAAUAAAAAACGAAUGUCAUCAGAAAAAUCACGUCAAACACUUGGUAAACGUUUAACAAAAUUUUCUAAAGAACAAAAAGCUACUGUUACACUUGCUUAUGUUAUGGGAAUAUUUGUUAUAUGUUGGUUACCAUUUUUUGUUUAUAAUCCUUUAACUGCUAUAGCAAAACAAUUACUUGAAGGAAAACAAAAUUUAAAUAGAAUAGAAGAAUUUCUAAUUGGUAAUGAUCUUUUCUUUCAAUUAGUUACUUGGUUUGGCUAUAUUAAUUCAAGUGUGAAUCCAAUAAUCUAUGCUUAUUCUUCACGUGAAUUUCGUCGUGCAUUUAUUAAAUACUUAUGUCGAUGUUUUCCAACACGUUUAAGAAAUUUUUUAAUGUCAUAUCAUAAUUUACAUUUAUUACGUUAUCGUUGUCAACGACCAUCAUCAGUUAUAUCAGCUGAAAAUCUUGACUAUAAUUCUGAUAAUAAAAAUAAACAUUUAAUUAUUCCAUCAUCAUCAUCAUCAGCAACAACAACUGUUUUAAUAAAUAUACAAAAUAAAAAUCAACCAAAACUUCAAUUUUUAACAAAUUAUUCUCAUAGAAAUACAAAUCAACAAAAACAAUUCAAUAAUAAACCUAAAACUAAGAUACUUGUUGAUUAUUGUAAUUGUCAUGAUGCUGCUGUUUCAAGAGUAACAUGUCUUUGA